UUUCAUUCUCCUUCAUUCCUUUAUCUUUUCAUUUCAUUAUAUUUUAUUUUUAUUUUUAUUUUUAUUUUAUUUAUAUUUCUUAGCACAACAUGGAUGCCACUUUUAUUCCAGCCAGUGCGCGACUUCCUACAGAACUUCUACUGGCCAUUUUCAGCAGACUCACAUCAUACCAGGACGCACUCCACGCGUGCAUCCUGACCUGCCGACGCUGGUCGCAAAUAGCAAUUCCGCUUCUCUGGAAACAACCGUAUUUCUCUCGCAUAAGCAAAGUAUCACUAUUCGCCUUUACUCUCGUAUCCACAUCCAGCGGGCAGACGCCGAGCCCAUACGCCAAACUCAUCAAUACUUUGUCGUUCAGUGGGAUGCCGGAAUGUGACCGGAACAAUCCGCGUUUGGGGUUACUUUUAGACACGAUUAUUAGCUGUAUGGCAGUUCGACGCAGUGAGCAGCCGGGUUGUUUGUCUGGAAAAGGUUGGCAGGAGGCGGCAACGGCUCCAAUGAUUAAGAGGUCGCGCAGUCUGUCGAGAACCACGGAGAAUACGGGUUGCACCAGGCCGCUGAUAACGGCAGUAGAUGUUGGAAUACCAGGAGAUUCCGCCGCGGUGGAGGCAGCGGCGGCGACCGUAGCAGGCAACCACACGGUGGCGCAUCUGUCGCGGCUCGACGGGUUCCAGGAGGAGCCGCCAGCGCUUUCGCUCACAAUGGACAGCGCGCAGCCAAGCUAUGAUCAGCACAUGUCCACGUGUCCGUCCAUUUUGCGGCUCGCAUCCUCAACAGCAGACCACACAUACAUGUCAUCCCUGCAGAAUCUCGACCUGAGUUUUUGCAAGGGCACGCGUAACUAUAUGCUGCAGCGACUUGCGCCCAAACUGGCAUCCUUGCAGGUACUCAAUCUGGCGGGCGGGCAGCGCACGGACAUUACAGUGUCAAAGCUCGCGCAGCAUAUGCCUGGCGUGCGUCGCGUGUCUAUCGCUUGGACUAUGAAUUUGUCAGAUUUUGGGGUCAGCGAGCUUGUGCAGAAGUGUCGUGCUGUGAGUGUUCUGGAUCUGACGUAUUGUACCCAGAUUGAGGAUACAGCGUUAUUUUCGAUUGCUCAUUGCUUAAAGGAUAGCUUGAUGGCGUUGAGCGUGGCAUAUUGCGCGGGUGUGACAGAUAUUGGUGUAAGGGAGGUGGCGACGUCGUGUGGGCGGCUGGAGGUUUUGAAUUUGGUAAAGUGCUUGAGGGUUACAGAGCGGAUGCGGCGGUUCUUGGAAGGCAUGAACGUGGUUACGCAGUGUGACACGCGUAAGCUAUUUUCAAUCAAUUAUGGUGUGUCCAAUAAGCGCAAAUGAAAUACAAGGAUAUUAUAAUGGUGUAU